UUCUUCCUGCAAUAGUGGAUCUGAGCCAGGAAAGGAGGAGCCGUCUUCCUUUGAUGGUAGCGCUUCAGUAUACUGUUGCCCAGAACCUAGGCACUGCAGACACUUCGUCUCCCUCCUGUGCAUAGUUUCAUUGUAUAAGUCACCUGCGUGUUUGUAGCUCUGUGAAUCUAUCUUCUGCUAUUGCUCCGAGAAGUGGUCGAACGGGAAUUUCAAGUGUUUGAACCAGAGGUGCAGGACCGCAGGGAGCUGUCUGAGGUGCUGAAGCUACCCAGGCGUUUGUCUCCACCGGCACCACUCCGGUUAGAUUGCACGUUCCCCUUUCUGUCUUUCUGAUUCCCCAUGCCUUGGAUAAGACUAUUUUCAGGAUCGUAAAUCUCUCUCCGUAUCAUGGCUCACGUGAGACAUUUUCGGACACUAGUUUCGGGAUUUUACUUCUGGGAAGCAGCAUUGUUACUCAGUUUGGUUGCCACAAAGGAAACAAAUAGUGCCAGAUCUCGAAGUGCUCCAAUGUCACCUUCUGACUUUCUGGAUAAAUUAAUGGGGAGGACAUCAGGGUAUGAUGCAAGAAUAAGACCUAAUUUUAAAGGCCCUCCAGUCAAUGUCACCUGCAACAUCUUCAUAAACAGCUUUGGCUCUAUUGCAGAGACAACCAUGGAUUACAGAGUGAAUAUCUUUCUCCGUCAGAAAUGGAAUGAUCCUCGCCUUGCAUAUAGUGAAUAUCCUGAUGAUUCUUUAGAUCUCGACCCCUCCAUGUUGGACUCCAUUUGGAAACCUGAUUUGUUCUUUGCCAAUGAAAAGGGUGCCAACUUUCAUGAAGUCACUACAGACAACAAAUUGCUAAGAAUUUUCAAAAAUGGAAAUGUUCUUUACUCAAUUAGAUUGACAUUAACACUUUCCUGCCCGAUGGAUCUCAAGAAUUUUCCCAUGGAUGUACAAACAUGUAUAAUGCAACUGGAAAGUUUUGGGUACACAAUGAAUGAUCUCAUUUUUGAAUGGCAAGAUGAGGCACCUGUACAAGUGGCAGAAGGACUCACUUUACCCCAAUUUCUGUUAAAAGAGGAAAAAGAUUUACGAUAUUGCACUAAACAUUACAAUACAGGAAAGUUUACAUGUAUAGAAGUGAGAUUCCACCUUGAGCGACAGAUGGGAUACUAUCUGAUCCAGAUGUACAUUCCCAGUCUCCUCAUUGUUAUUCUGUCCUGGGUUUCAUUUUGGAUCAACAUGGAUGCAGCUCCAGCCAGGGUAGCAUUGGGAAUAACCACAGUGCUGACUAUGACCACACAGAGUUCAGGAUCACGAGCUUCUUUACCAAAGGUUUCAUAUGUCAAAGCUAUUGAUAUUUGGAUGGCAGUAUGCCUCCUUUUUGUGUUUUCAGCCCUUCUGGAGUAUGCAGCUGUAAAUUUUGUAUCAAGGCAGCACAAGGAACUUCUGAGAUUUCGAAGAAAGAGAAAGAAUAAGACAGAAGCUUUUGCACUGGAGAAGUUUUACCGUUUCUCAGACACGGAUGAUGAGGUAAGGGAAAGUCGAUUCAACUUCACAGUCUAUGCAGUGGGACCUUGUCUGCAAGCAAGAGAUGGUGUGACUCCAAAAGGCCCAAACCAUGCUGUCCAGGUAACGCCAAAAAGCCCCGAUGAAAUGAGGAAGAUCUUUAUUGACCGGGCCAAGAAGAUUGACACCAUCUCCCGAGCCUGCUUCCCAUUGGCCUUCUUGAUUUUUAAUAUUUUCUACUGGGUUAUCUAUAAAAUUCUUAGGCAUGAGGAUAUUCAUCAGCAACAAGAUUAGGUCUCUAGGGGCACAUAAGUGCAAAUGUUCAAUUCAGAAGAAAGUUUCCCUCUGGUGGAUGUGUAUGUGUGAGUGUGUGUGUGUGUGUGUGUGAUACAAAUAACUAUUAUAAUAAACAGCAAAUGGGGAAGGACCUAUUUUGAUUAGUUAUGUAAAAUCAUGAAACAGAUUAAGAUUCUUUAAAUUGACACAAAAUAUAUAUUAUGAAGAUUAUAUUUCGUAUUAAUUCAAGUUCUGUUUUUUCAUAGUAAAUCAUAUAACUCGAAGCUUUACUGCCAAUGUGUUUCUAUGUUACAUCAUACAGUAGCAAAUGUGAAAACUACUUUGUAAUUCCUUGAUUUUUAACUAAAUGAUACUAAAUGUUACAGAUGCAAGAUCUGCACAGUAAAUUUUAUCAAAGGGAAGAGGAGAAAUAAUGCAGGUAACAAAAACUAAUACCUGGAGAUGUAUAACUAUUUUCUUAUACUGUAGUUACAAAAUAGGAAAACAAUUUAUUGGAAAACUCAUUCAUAUUACUAGAGGAUUGUACAUGCAAAUAGAACCAAUACAUAUAAUAAUUAA